AUGGCAACUCUCUCUUCCCUCACUUCCCCCCUCUUCUUCUUCUCCUUCGCACUCCUCUCCAUCGCUCUCAUCUCCGCCUCCUUCUCCCCCAUCGAUCACUACCUCGUCAACUGUGGGUCCCAUCAACCCACCACCCUCGACUCCGACCACCGCAGAUUCACCGGUGAUGCUACAACCUCCUACCUCACGACGACAGAAUCCACUUCCCUGUCUGACCCAAACCCGGAUCCCAAAUCUUCUCCGAUCUACCACACGACGCGUGUGUUCACGCGCCUUUCGAAGUACAAGUUCGGUAUCAAGAACCCCGGUGAUCACUUGGUGCGUCUGCAUUUUAAGAGGUUAAGCGGUGGUAUUGAUUAUGGGCGUGCUAAGUUUCAUGUUUUGGCAAAUGGGUUUGUGUUGUUUAACAGUUUGGGGAUGGAUAUGGGUGGGGAGUUUGAGGCAGUUAAGGAUUAUGUGAUUAAGGUUGAUGCUGAUGUUCUUGUUGUGACUUUUGUACCCACUGAUAGGUCGAAUUUUGCGUUUGUUAAUGCUAUUGAGGUUAUUUCUGCUCCUAAUGAUUUGAUUGCUGAUGUUGCUCAGUAUGUUAGUUUUCAUAAAAAUGAGAAAAUUAGUGGAUUGUUGAUGAAUGGGUAUGAAACUAUGUAUAGGGUUAAUGUUGGUGGUUGGAAAGUUACACCUUUUAAUGAUUCGUUAUGGAGGACUUGGGUUACGGAUGAUGAACAUAUUAAGUCUAGUGAUGGGUCAUCAAAGGUUCACUUUGGUGGCCGUAUAAACUAUCAAGAAGGCGGGGCAAGUAGAGAGGUUGGUCCUGAUAAUGUUUAUAAUACUGCUCGAGUUAUUAGGAGUUCGGGUAGUUCAGUUCCUGAGUUGAAUAUGACAUGGACAUUUCCGGUGAUUGGAGGGUAUAAGUACUUGGUUAGGAUGCACUUUUGUGAUAUAGCUAGUAUUGCGCGUGGUAUGCUAGUUUUCAAUGUUUAUGUGAACAACAAUUUGGCCUAUGAAAACUUGGACCUUACUGAAGUUACAAAUGGGUUGUUGGCUUCACCUUUCUAUGCUGAUUUUGUCGUUGAUGGAGAUAGUUCUGGUGUUUUGACUUUGAGUGUUGGGCCAUCGAAUAUGAGUCUUCCACGUGCUGUAGAUGCCAUUCUGAAUGGGGUUGAGAUCUUCAAGAUUAAUAAUUCUGUGGGUAGUUUUGAUGGUGAGAUUUGUGCACAUGCUGUCUUGAAGAGUUGGAAGAAGGGAAAUGGUAACGUAAUGUAUCCUAUGCUGGCUGCUGUCUUCUUGCUCCUGAUAGCAUUUGUGAUUAUACAUCGGAGAAGAACUGGCGUUACAGACUCUGUGGCCUGGUGGAGGUUACCCACGGAAAUUCCUGAAGUUAAUCUGAAAUAUGGCAACCAACUGUCAUCUAAUAAGCUGUGA